UCCGGGUUUCCCUGUUUGCAGCCCAUUCCCCAUUUAGGAGCCAUUUUGGACACAGAUCAGUAACAUGCAUGUAAACCCCGACCGACCUCCCGAUGCAGCGGUGCUACUAUUCAAGUGAAUAACCUCAAAAAGAGCGCUGAGCUUUCGUCUCGGAUGCUUUAAACGCUUUCCAUUCGGUUUUUGGAUCCACUUCCGACGCGAAAUGCUGCCCGUAUUACUGGACUAACAGUCAGUUAAUCGCUCCUAUCUUCUCUUGCAACAUUGUUGCAGCGUCGCGGCUAUUGACACGCGUUGUGGUGGUGGUUAGGCUGCUGGAGGGACCGGAGGCCUGUGGUCGUUUUGAUCCUGGACUGAUGUUUCGGACAACCUGAGUUUUAAUGUUCGCGACGGAAAGCGGGGGAAAUAUCGGUCCUGAAAUAAAAACGGAACAUGUCUUUUUCAUGGCUGACUUGUUCACUUCUUCUGGGAACUUUAUGUGCAGGGUACAGUCUGGGCGAAGCAGAGACCCGGGAGUGUGUGUACUACAAUGAUAACUGGCGUACGGAGAGGACCAACCAGAGCGGCUUCGAGCGCUGCGAGGGGGAGAAGGACAAGCGACUGCACUGUUACUCCUCCUGGCUCAACUCCUCAGGGACCAUCAAGCUGGUGAAGAAAGGCUGCUGGCUGGACGACUUCAACUGCUAUGACAGGCAAGAGUGCGUCUCCAUGGAGGAGAACCCUCAGGUCUUCUUCUGCUGCUGCGAGGGCAACUACUGCAAUGAGCGGUUCACCCACCUUCCUGACUUGAUUGGAAUUGGCAACCGAGUGAAAAUCCGGCCUCCGCCCCGAGUGCCCUCGCUCCUCAACGUGCUGGUGUACUCCCUGCUGCCUCUCUGCGUGCUGUCCCUGGCCCUGGUGCUGGCCUUGUGGAUGUACCGCCACCGCAAACCUCCCUACGGCCAUGUAGACCUGAGCGAGGAUCCUGGACUGACUCCUCCCUCCCCCUCGGUGGGUCUGAAACCGCUGCAGCUGCUGGAAAUCAAAGCCAGGGGCCGCUUUGGUUGUGUCUGGAAGGCCCAGCUGAUGAGCGAAUAUGUUGCUGUAAAGGUCUUCCCUGUUCAGGACAAGCAGUCAUGGAUAAACGAGCGGGACAUCUUCCUGACUCCGGGGAUGCGACAUGAAAACCUCCUACGUUACAUCGCUGCAGAGAAGCACGGCAGCAACCUGGAGACGGAGCUGUGGCUCAUCACCGAGUUUCAUGAGAGGGGCUCAUUGACGGACCACCUAAAGGGGAACACUGUAAGCUGGGGAGACCUGUGCCACAUAGCAGAGACCAUGUCCCGCGGCUUGGCUUACCUCCAUGAGGACAUUCCCAGCUACAAGGGAGAGGGGCCCAAACCCACCAUCGCCCACAGGGACUUCAAGAGUAAGAAUGUGAUGGUUCGAGAUGAUCUGAGUGCAAUCAUUGGAGACUUUGGGCUCGCUGUACGAUUUGAACCAGGAAAACCUCCAGGAGAUACUCAUGGCCAGGUGGGUACGAGGCGUUACAUGGCUCCAGAGGUGCUGGAGGGAGCCAUCAACUUCCAGCGAGACUCCUUCCUGAGGAUAGACAUGUACGCUAUGGGCCUGGUGCUGUGGGAGCUGGUGUCCCGCUGCACAGUGACAGACGUUGGCGAGUACAUGCUACCGUUUGAGGAAGAAAUCGGCCAGCAUCCCACCCUGGAGGAUCUGCAGGAUGUGGUCGUGCAUAAGAAGAUGCGUCCAGCCAUCAAGGACUGCUGGCUCAAACAUCCCGGUUUGAACCAGAUGUGUGAGACCAUUGAAGAAUGCUGGGACCACGACGCAGAGGCGCGAUUGUCCGCCGGCUGCGUGGAGGAGCGCAUCGGCCAGAUCUCCAGGACGACCAGCAGCACUACCUCAGACAGCCCCGUCUCCAUCGUGACGUCUCUCACCAACGAGGACCUACCUCCCAAAGAGUCCAGCACCUGAACGGGGGACGCCACCUUUCCCCCUGAGCUCCUGACUUUUUAUUUCUCAAAUCCAAACUCAGCGGAUCUCCGUGAAUAUUUAAAAACGUUUAAAAAACAACAACUAGCAACUUGAAUGCAGCUGCUAUUUCCCCCCAAUACUGGUAUUUCAGUUCAUUGGUGUUUUAAGUCGGAUCUACUACUAACACAUCCAUCUGCUGUAGUUUUGAAGUAGUAAUAAGUUAUGCGAUGGGCACAUCUGAUAACAACCAUGUGUCAAAUCCUAAAUAUCGUCAUUACCUCAUGUAUUUCUUUCGUGUUAGUCUAUUUUUAUUACCUCAUAAGUUGUUAUCUUUGUCGUUUUCCUGUCUUGGUCAUGAUCUUCUGCGGCCAAAUGAAACAAACUCUUGCUCCAAACCUCGGUCGACGUGCUGCACACCUCGGAGGAACCCUUUUGAGACUGUUAAACAAAAUAUAUUCAUCUUCCUCAGGGGUCGAAGCUUCUCGAUUCUUUUUAACUCGAGUGUGCUCCCUUAUUUUAAACCUGUGAAUGCCUCAGAAUGAAUCAGAUUCAAAGAAAUCGGAGCACAGCUGUUUUCUCGCAAGGGAAGAGCUGAAACGGGAGCUGAGCAGUUGUAUUGGACGUUUGGACUUUUUUGAAGAUUUGGGACAAGCGCCUUGUCCCCGGGGAACUACCUCUCAGGUAUCCAGUAGGCUUCUUUGGAACAUUUUCUCUAAGUUGAGAGCCAUGCUAUCCAGCUAGCUAUCAUGGACGUAUUCCUGGAUUUUAUUUUGUUUUUUAAUUGUAGAAAUGUCAGAGUUACUCCUUUGCCAGUGCCAGGGGCAUUGACGGAUGCUGUCUGGAGUUGCAAUGUUACACAUUCUUGAUUUUAACUGUCUGAGUGAGUGAGCGAGCGAGCGAGUGAAUGAGUGAGAAGUUGAAGACUAAAUGAUGUGAGAUGGAAAGAGCGUGUUUUUAAAGUGAGAACCAUGGACAGAUAGUUGGGGUUUAUCCUUGAGGGCCAUACUUGAGUAAGCAACAUGUCUGUUUUUUAAUUUUCAUGGGUGUUUGUUCAAUAGACUCAGUCGGACACCAGUCCCCAGAUACCUCAGUCACUGUACAUCAUGCAAGGAGUGCUCAAAUGGUUGCCUUUGUCUCAAAUGCAAUGCCAUAGUUGAACCAUAACAUGAAUACCAUACAUUGAAUGUCCGUUAUGCUGCUGUGACUAUUCCAGGAUACUCAAGGAUUUGUAGAUGUACAUGUAUUCUUUGUUAAUAUAACGCUAAUGAUAUUAUGUGAGGCUAAUAUUCUGUUUUUGUGUUUUUUGACUGGGUAAGCCCUCAGCUGCUUACUCUUCCAGACUGACCUCAGAUAUUCUGACAAGUACCUCAGGCUUUUUCUACAUGUAUAUCAAGUUGUGUUAUGUAUUUUAUUGUGUUUUAGUAGUUGAGAUAUUUUAUUGCCGGUUGGGCCUCUUUGUCUGUGGAGAUUUUUUUGAAUAGAGCCUGACCAGUCGUCACGGUGUUUAUGCUGUACAAACCUAAAAGAAGAGAGGCAGAUUCUUGUAAAUAGACCUGUAACACACAGUUGCCGAACACUGAUCUGUUUUUUAAAAAUACAAAAUCAGGGCAUUAUUGUUCUCAUUUCACAGAAAUUGAAAGGGAUUUCUCAGUUCCACCUCGACAUAUUUAAUAGUAAGUUGACUGACAACUAGCCCUGUGAUUUAUUUUAUUUUCUAUAUAAACAUAUAUAUAUACUUUUGUUUUUCAAGAAUGGUGGUUGUUUUGCAGAUUUCUAUGAAUAAUGGUAUCAGUUCCUCUGAAUCAGAAGCUGUGUAGGUAGCACUUGCAUUUAGAAAGCUUAGUAUGUAUAUCGUCAAAAAUACCACAAAAAAUCCCUAAUGGUUUGGUGCUGGCGGCUUCUGUGAUUGGCCACUUGCUGGAAAUGCCAGAUUGAACAGUAUUACCUCAAUAUUAACCCGCUGAUGUGAUGUUCAGACCUGUUUGGUGAUAGUUUAACCGCGUUGGACGACACACAGGCUCAUCUGUUGUGCUUUGACUAGUGCUGUGAAGAGAUGGUGAUUUUAACAGUUUUAACAGUGGUCUGUGACGCUUGCUCCUGUGCAGUUUGUGUUGAAGAACAUCAAUCCAUACAUAAUAAUGGUUUUAGUGUUUGGAUAUCAUCAAUGUGUCUAUAACUACAUGAUUGAAUGAUUUAUAAUGCAGCCCCGUUGUGAUUCAUGUAAACAGUGGCAUGUGCUAGUCCCAGGGUCCAGCAAUAUUUAUUAUACAGCAAUAGUCACUUGAAUAUCAUUAGUUUAAGUAGUUAAACUCAGCUGUGACUUAGCAGUUUUUCUUCUGCGGAUCAAUAAAGUUCAUCUCAUCACACCUGGAUCGUGUUCUGAUGAGGACACAUGUUAAACCUCCCGAUUGAAGAAAUGCUGUGGGGUGAAUUUGUUGUGUGUUAGCAGAACGGGACCCAGGUGCUUUCACGUAUUGUGCCAGAAAAAAACAACGAUCUCAAAGGAAAAUCUGCCGUUAUCGUUCGUUACCUCCAAAUGCUGUCUUACACCCAGCUCUUCUGAACAGAAAACCAGUUACCUCAUGCAGUACCUCGUUAGUAACACUAACAUGGAGUCAGUCUCAUCUUCAAAAACUAAGAAAAGACAAAAAAAAUCAAUUAUCGUGUAUAUAUUUACUUGACAAGUGUAAAAGGUUUCUUCCUUUUCAUGUGUGAAUCCUGUGAAAGCAAAAUUCUUUCUAUUUUUUUUUUUUUACAGUCAACAUAUUGUUCAUCUCUCAUAGUGUGUAUGGAUGUUUGACUGCAAGUGUGUGACCUCUGUUUAUGUGAACUGUGUGUGCGCAGUGUGUCAGUGUGUGUGUGUGUGCGUCUGUUGGUUGGUUUCACUAAAACAGUACGAAUGGUAAUUUUAUCUGUGAGUUGAAAUGCUUAGAAAUAUAAACUAGAUGAGAAUACAUCCAUCUUUUUGUAUAUUGAAAUAAAGACAAACACUGAUUAACCAUG